AUGUGCGUAUUACGCUAACUAAUGAUGUGUUUGAAAAAUAUCCAAUAACGAGAAGCAGAUAAUUAUAACGUCAACGGAACCAAUUAUAUUAUUAUUUCAUCCGCAGCGAGUGCAUCACUCGAGAAAGUGCACUCUGCGAUAUUCUGUUCCUUCAAUCAUCCGAUUCUAAUAUUAGAAAUAAAAAUGGAAUUUUGCUUCCGUUUUUGGUUUUUACUAAGCGUUGCUGCAACAGCUUCUUUUGGAAAAGAAUCGCGAACGCAUGAUAAUGACGCGGUCACAGAAUUUGCGACGUCCAACCCACAUUUACUCGGCGCCAUUCAAAACAUUGUGCAGUCUGGGAAUGACAUAAUCUCCGACUUCCUCACCACCUUAGUUUCAGAAAGUAGAGACAACUUCAGGACAACUCAUACGCUGAUCAACGCGUUAGACAGAAAAAUUUCCAAGCACCAAACGACCACGAUGGAGGUUCUGCAAAACAUUUUGAAUCGAAUGAGGCAGAGUGAAAGCGAAAUCACGUUUGGAGGGAAAUUGGUCAAACCAGAAAAUUCAAAUAAUUUCAAUACUUCUUCGACGACAGAGGCCACCAAUGCAGAGGAGGAGGAAAAGGUUUUGGAGGAAGAGAAGAUAAUUAAUUUUUCGACCCCACAAGUUCUAACUGAUGAGGAAAAGUACUACAUCAGCAAUACAGAAGGAUUCAAAUGGGCCGCGGCUCAGGAGUUCUGCGCCUCGCACAACUGGACUCUGGCCAGCCCCAAGACGGUCGAUGAGCUCGCUCUCAUUUGGCGCCUCGCUCCUCAUAAAGAUGGGUGGUACUGGACGUCUGCAUCGGACGAUGGACAUUUACCAGGACGUUUCUAUUGGAUGGACAGCACGGCCGAGGUGGAGCUGGAAUUGUGGGCCACUGGUCAACCUGACGGAUUCGCAAAUGAAUAUUCUUCGUGCGCCGCUCUCAACGACGAGAAACUUUUUGACCUUGACUGCUCUUACUCCAAUUACUUUAUUUGUCAAAAGUUUUGAAGGAUUUUUUUAUUUUAUUUCCAUUAGAAAAAAUUGAUAAUUUUAUUCUUGAGAGCUGAUGAAAUAAAAUAAGCGUUUUAUCGCUCGUAAUUAAUUGGAA